CUUCUGGAAUCAUGGAGACACGGGUGUUUUUAGUUUUGCUCCUGUUGGGUGGUGAAGCCAUUGGUGCGAAUUGGGAUUGGGGCACCAGGUCUCCACUGGACAAUUAUGUGAAUAGAGAGGACAACACUUACACAUGGAGUUUGCUAGAGACAUACAGGGUCGAUGCUGGGAAUGCUGAUGAAAUUGAAGACACAACCGUGUAUGUCCUCAACAUGACCUCACAGACUUGGAAAGAUGGGAAUUAUAGCUCACGUCCAGUGUGGUACCAUCAUCUUACCAUAGCCAUUCCCGAUGAAGUCACUGAAUUCGAACACUCGUUCAUGUGGAUAGGAGGCGGAAGAAAUAGAGAAAUAGAUGAACCGCCAACUCCGGAUAGCGACACGUUCGUCAUGGCAACUGCGUCAUUUGCUUUCGAGACACAGUCAUGUGCGUCCUACCUGAAGCAGAUCCCCAAUCAGCCAGUCUUCUUGCCAAUGUCGGAUGAUCCAAGUAGAAGCAGAUCGGAAGAUGCAAUCAUCGCUUGGACCUGGCGUUAUUUCAUUGAAACUAAUGGAACUGAUCCUGACGUACUUUUAAGGAACCCGAUGACGAAGGCAGUGAUGAGGGCAUUCGACACUGUUACGACAUUCGCACAGCAGCAAAAUACGCGGUUCAAUAUUCAAAAGUUCCUGCCAUCCGGUGCAUCAAAGCGAGGCUGGACCACGUGGAUGGUAGGCUGUGUUGACAGACGUGUAUUUGCCAUGGCUCCUAUCGUACUAAGUGUACUGAAACUGCAAGAGACAGUCAAUUAUCACUACCGAGCAUAUGGCGGAUGGUCAUUUGCGUUUAAUGAUUACUGGAGCCAAAAUGUCACGCAGUACAUCAAUGAUCCACGCACUAAGAUGAUGGCUGAUGUAAUUGAUCCAUAUAGCUAUAGAACCAGGUUGACGAUGCCUAAGAUGGUCAUACAGGCAACUGGUGAUGAGUUCUUUAGGCCAGAUGAGCCUAACGUUUGGUUUCACGAUCUACUUGGACCAAAGUAUUUAUGGAUCGUGGAGAAUACUCACCAUGGCUUGACCUUUGCUGAGUUGGACAUUUUCAAUAACAUGGUCAGCUUCUUUGGGAGUACCACAAAGAAUUACACUUUGCCGGAAUUCAACUGGACACUUUCACAGAGUGAUGGCAGUGGCGCUAUUGAUGUAUUCACCCCUCAACAGAUCCCUUUAAGGGUCAGCACUUGGUACGGUGAGAGCGCAGAUGGGCUCAGGGGAGAUAUUAGAAGGGAUUUCCGAUGGGCCGUAGCCUCAGAGGAAUUUCCCGGAGAGGUCGACAUUAAUCCAGUUGUCUGGGAUGAAGACACACUCGCCAUCGAAGAAAUAGUGGAGGACAGGCACUGGAGAGCAACAUUUAAUGAACCAGCGGAGGGAUGGCUUGGCUUCUUUGUAGAGGUCGUAUUUGAAAACGAUGACGGUGAUGAGCUUGAAUUUACAACCGAGUUGAAUGUAAUACCUCCAACUUGGCCAUUCCCUGCGUGUGGGUCACCGGAGGCAUGCAAAGGAACGAUUGUUUGAGGGGCUAGAGCAGAUCCCAAAACUAUUGUUAUUAUAUUAUUGUUUAUAAUUAUUAAAGAUUUAUAAUUAUUAAAGAUUGGACAUAGAUAAUGAUAUAAAAA